AUGGAUAUCGAAGACAUUCGGUCUGUUGUCGCAAUUGGCAAACUUUGGUACCACGUACAAUUUGAAAAAUUAGGUGGUUUUGCUUAUGCACACAAGGCAAAUCCUGAAAUAGAGACAAAUGGACGAUGGCCAGGUCGUGAAGGACUUCCAAAAACAAACACCGCGCUAAGAUACGAACAGGAUCCCGAAACCGGUAGUCUAAGUGUUGCAGCGUGGGGUGAACCUGCGCUUGUUCAAACGCCCGAGAAAAAGAAAAAAUCGGGUGCCAAUAAAAUAUAUACGGUGGAACUUUUUAAAUUACAUUUGACCGAAAUGUCAAAUAAACCUUUUUUACCUGCCGGUAUGGACUAUAAGAAACCUAUAUGCGAUUACUUAAACUGUAUGAAUAAGCUUAUUACAGAGACGCUGGAGAAAACUUGGCCAGGAAUGCAAAGUUCACAGAUUUUAUAUGUUAUGACAAUUCCUGCAGAAUGGAAAGAAAAUACAAAGGUGAUAAUGCGUGAAUGCGCUCAUACAGCUGGUAUCAUUGAAACGGUAGAUUCCAAUAAAUUGGAAUUUACAAGUGAACCUGAGGCAGCAGCCAUGCAUUGUUUGAACGUAGUAGAGGAACAUAAAUUAAAUAUUGGAGAUUCAUUCUUGGUAGUCGAUUGUGGUGGCGGCACUGUGGAUUUAACGACACGUACUAUCAAUGAUGAAAAUAAACUUGGGGAAAUAACUGAACGAACAGGAGACUUGUGUGGUGCAACUUUUAUCGAUCUAGAAUUUCUCAAAUAUCUUGGCAAAAAAAUCGGAUUCUCAGCAUUGGAAAAAGUGAAAACGGAUCAUUACGGCCAACUGCAGUAUCUUGUUCAGAAAUUCUUUUGUCCACGAGUGAAAUAUUUAUUUGACGGAAACCAAGACACAUUCAAACCAAUCGAUCUGGACUUAGAACAUUAUUGUCCGUCGCUGAUGAAAUAUGUCACUGGAGAAAAUAAAGAGAAAAUGGAACAAGAAGAUUGGUUAAUUGAACUGGAUUUUGAGUCGGUGAAAUUAAUGUUCGAUCCUGUUGUCGCUAAAGUGAUUAAGUUAAUCUCAAAUCAAUUGAAAGCAGCAGAGUCUGUUAAAUCUCCUUCAGCAAUGUUCCUUGUGGGUGGGUUUUCGGAAUCUGUUUACUUGCGAAAUAGAAUUAAAAAAGCUUUCGCCAAUAAAGUUCCCAUAAUUGCUGAACCUCGACAACCAAUGGGUGCUGUUGUAAAAGGAGCUGUUGCGUAUGGAUUAAAUAUGGGUGCAGUGGAAACACGUAUAUUGAAAUGGAGCUAUGGAAUCGAAGUCCUUGUUGAAUGGGAUCCAUAUGAAGAUCCAGUUGAGCGAAGAACAUUUGAAGGACGAGUGCAUCGUUUCCAAAAAUUAGCGGAACGACGUACACAAGUAAAAGUUGACAAAGAAUUUUCAGGUGAAUUUAAACCAGUCUACUCAGAUCAAACAUCAGCACGUUUCAAGGUUUAUUAUUCUGAGAAUUCGCCAAGAUAUUGCGAUGAACUGGAUGUGUGUUUCCUGGGUAAAUUACAAAUAGACACUUAUUUAGGGAUAAAUCGACCAAUUGAAUUUUCGCUGACUUUUGGAAAAAUGGAACUGAAGGCCAGUGCUCAUAAUAAAACCACUGGUCAAAUGUAUCAUACUUCAUGGAUGAUGAACAAUUUCACUAAUUGA